AUGAUGCAAGGUGAUCCUUCACGUAAGAAGAAGGACAAUGAUGAUUAUGACUUCACUAAUUUGAUUUUUUCUUGGUCCAUUGAAAACAUCUUAGAUGAAGAUCUUUACAGGAACAAGGUAGAGAAGAUUGCACAAACGUUUCAGUCCACAGAUCAUUACUUUGGAUCUUAUACGUACCCUUUGUUGGAAGAAACUCGAGCACAACUAUGCUCAAGUAUGGAGAUGAUACACCAAGCUCCUUAUGCAGAAGUUAUUGGUCUAAAAGAAGCAAAAUCAGCUCACAAUAAUUUGUAUAAGUUGACAAUUAAUUGCUGGAAAAAUAGGUUUACUCAUUCUGGAGAACCAUACAAAACAUUUCCUGGUGAUUUUUUAAUACUAUCUGAUUACAGACCAGAAGCUAUAAAAGACCUCCAAAGGAAUGGAAGGAUGUGGAGUUUUGUGUCUGUAAGGACAACUGAAGACGGGAAUGAUGACGAUUUCAUGUUAAAAGUUGAGGCAUCAAAAGAAUUUGACCCUACAAAUUGGAGGAACAAACCUCUAUUUCUCAUUUUUCUGACAAAUAUGAUCCCUAAUAAAAGAAUUUGGGCUGCCCUUCAUAUGCCUGGUAAUUUUGAGAUACUCAAGCAGAUCUUAUGCACCAAGGAGGACGAGGAAUGUAGUAAUUGUAGCUCACAGGCCAAUGCUUUAGGUGAUGACAGAUCAUACCAAGUGUUAUUAUCAGAGCUUAAUAUAUCACAAAAGGAGGCAAUUUCUUCAUGUCUUUCUGGCCUCGGCUGCAAUCACAAAACAGCCGCGAAACUUAUAUGGGGUCCUCCUGGCACAGGAAAAACAAGAACUUUGGCCACAUUGCUUUUUGCUCUGUUCAAAAUGAAGUAUAGAGUACUUGUUUGUGCUUCCACCAAUGUAGCCAUCAAAGAAGUUGCUACGCGUGUAGUAAAUAUAAUGAAAGAGGCACAUAGUAAGGAAUCUGGUGAUUUGUUCUGUUCCAUGAGUGAAGUGCUAUUGCUUGGAAACAAGAACAAGCUGAAAAUUGGAGACGAUGUUGAGGAUAUAUAUUUGGAUCAUCGAGUACAAGAGCUGACAAAAGCCUUGUUCCCUACUGCUACUGGAUUUAGAUCUUGCAUUAAAUCAAUGAUUGAUCUUCUUGAAUAUUGUGUUUCUGAUUAUCGUUUAUUUGUUGAGAUCGAGUUAAACAAUAAGAGAAACCUCAAAUCAUUUCUAGAGUUUCUUAGAGAAAGGUUCCAGUCAGCAAAAGGGAUACUAGAAUCUUGCAUUUCUAUCUUGUGUACGCAUGUGGGGAGGAGUUUGUUGAAACAUAACAUUCGGAAAUUAGUAUGUUUAAGUGAGGCACUUGAAUCAUUUCAGGGCUACUUGUUUCAAAGUAAUUUGCCUUCUAAAGAAUUGGAAAAGCUAUUUACUUACAAAAAUUUACCAGAGAUGGAUUCUUGGUCAUUUGAUGGUGCAGCAUACAAGCUGUACAUGAAGCGAAUUGAAUGUCUCAAUGCUUUAAUGACUGUGGUAGAUUCAAUUGAUGAGUUCAUACUGAUAAAAUCUUAUAAAUAUGAAUCAAUCAGACAGUUUUGUUUCCAAACAUCGUCGUUGAUAUUUUGCACAGCUUCUGGUUCUCAUAAGUUGCGCUCUUUAACCAUGAAGCCAUUUGACAUUUUGGUGAUAGAUGAGGCUGCACAGCUAAAAGAGUGUGAAUCAAUAAUACCUCUUUUACUUCCAGGCAUAAAACAUGUCAUUCUUGCUGGCGAUGAGCUUCAACUUCAGUCAAUGGUUAGAAGUAAUGUUUCUAAGGAAGCUGGUUUUGGGAGGAGCUUAUUUGAAAGAUUGAGUUCAUUAGGUUACCCAAAGUCUCUCCUUAAGGUGCAGCAUAGGAUGCACCCACAAAUAAGUUCUUUCCCAAUUUCUUAUUUCUAUUCCAACAAAAUCCAGGAUGCACCAAAUGUGGGAAGAUAUGACUUUGGGAAGAAAUAUCUCCCAGGGCCAAUGUUUGGUCCUUAUUCUUUUAUAAAUGUAGUUGGAGGCAAAGAACAGUUUGAUGAUGAAGGAAGGAGCCACAAAAAUUUAGCAGAGGUCGCAGUUGUGAUGACAAUACUGAAAAAUCUGCACAAAGCAUGGUUGACCUCAAACCAUGAAUUAAGCAUUGGUAUUGUGACUCCCUAUGCUGGCCAAGUUGCUGCAAUUCAGGAGAAACUCGGAAAGAUUUAUGAAAGUGAUGAUGGAUUUAAUGUCGUGGUGAUGUCUGUUGAUGGUUUUCAAGGAGGGGAGAAGGAUAUUAUUAUGUUAUCAACUGUAAGAACAAGCAGUAGAUCAUCUCUUGAGUUCAUUUCCUCUCCGCAGAGGACUAAUGUUGCUCUUACAAGAGCUAGGCACUGCUUAUGGAUUUUGGGGAAUGAAUGGGCCAUUACAAAGAAUGAAAACGUUUGGAAUGCUAUUGUGCUUGAUGCCAAGAAACGUAAUUGUUUCUUUAAUGCAGAACAAGACGAGGAAAUGGCGACAGCUAUAUUGGAUUCCAAGAAAGAGGCAGAUCAGUUUGAUGAUUUGCUUGAUACAAAUAGUGUCCUCUUCAAAAAUAAAUUGUGGAAGGUUGAUUUUACUGACAAAUUCCGGAGGUCAUUCAAACGGCUAAAGUUUGAAGCGAGCAAGAAUAAGGUUAUCAACCUUAUUGAAAGGCUUUCCAGUGGAUGGAGGCCGAAAUGGAAUAAUGUGGAUUUGUAUUGUGAGAAUUCAACUCAUAUUUUGAAAAAGUUUAAGGUUGAAACUAACUAUGUUAUUUGUUCAAUAGAAAUAGUCAAAGGUUCAAGGUAUAUUCAGGUUUUGAAGAUAUGGAACAUAUUGCCUUUAGAGGAUAUCCAACAGUUGGCUAAACGCCUUGACAAUUUGUUCAAAAGAUACACCGAUGAAUAUAUCAGGAUGUGCAAAAAGAAAGGAACAAAUAACCUUCGGGACAUGGAGUUUCCAUUGAAUUGGCCACUUUCAGCCAAUAUCCAAAAGUUUGAGAAUGUUCAUAAUAAUGUAAAUGAUGGAGACGCAAAUGAUACAAGUGAAGCUGACAAAUCAAGGGCUGAGCAUGAAGAGUGUACGUUGUUGAUGAAGUACUGUUCCUUCUCGAGAGAUUAUAUGCUUCAUGGCAAAGAUAGUUUACAAGCGGAUCUU